CGAUGCGGAGCGCGCCGGCGUGUAGAUAUUAGAAAGGCUGAGGCGCUUGUAGUUUUAAAUUCAUCUUGACAGCUCGCGACAGGGAGGGUGACGCUCGGUCCGUUCUAGGAUCACUCUAUUCAGGGCACGAUGCCUCCGCGUAAUAGGAGAACAUCGCUUUACGCGUUCAGAGAGAGCCAGGCGUUCCUUGAAAAGUGGAUACGGGGUACUUGGCGUUUUCGGCUGUUAGUGUGUUUAUUCUGCUUUUGUAGAACUAGCGUGGCGUUCAGAGCGGAACAAUUAGCUAUCGGAACGGAAUCGUUGUGUGUUUAUGUAGCGGCUGUUUAGAACGUAGUCGGGAAUCAAUCAAUUUGCCGGUUUCGCCUCCUCCCCUUUCUCCUCCCUCUCGCCUAGUUGUGAUGUCUCAUGUCGUGUUGUGACAGCGCUGGUAUUGUUUAUUGAGGUGGAUGUCAGGUAUAAUUAGCAAUCGAUAUGGAAAACGUUCGUGUCGUGGCGCUGACGUCACCGACGAUUAACGCUCCUCAUUGGUCGCGAAUUCCCCAGCGCGAGAGCUAGUUAUUUGGACGAGAGGAGAGUUGAUGUUGACAAAGUAGGAGAGAGCGAAAACCUCGCGCGCCUGCCUCGGUCUCCUUAUUCCUUAGUCGGGAGCGCAAAGCAUGUCAACGCCGUACGUCCCUUCGCGGCUGCUGCGUGCGCUCUGAGGGAAGAUUCGGAGCUCGUUUUGGCCAGACAAACGCUUCCCUGACUCCGGAGAUGCAAUGAUGGAUAGCCGGAUCCUCGAGCAUCCUCAUGCCCAGUUUGGAGGCUCUUUGGGAGGCAUGGUUGGAAUGGGUUUCCCCUAUCACCUCGGUCACCAUCACGUUUACGAUAUCUCCGGACACCAGCUACAGUCGGCGGCCGCUGUACCUUUUUCUAUAGACGGAUUACUAAACGGAUCAUGCUCGGCGUCUGUUGCAAACUCCAACCCGUUGCUCGGAUCUGGUUGCGGCGUAAACGGGGAUAAUCAGUAUAAACUCAGCGAUGCCGGAGACCCCGACAAGGAAAGCCCUGGUUGUAAAAGGAGGCGAACGCGUACAAAUUUUACGGGCUGGCAGCUGGAGGAACUAGAAAAAGCGUUCAACGAAAGCCAUUAUCCGGACGUGUUCAUGCGCGAGGCUCUCGCUCUGCGUCUAGACCUUGUCGAGUCACGUGUUCAGGUUUGGUUUCAAAACCGGCGAGCUAAAUGGCGCAAAAAGGAGAAUACGAAGAAAGGCCCCGGUCGACCGGCUCAUAACUCUCACCCCACGACCUGCAGCGGCGAACCAAUGGACCCGGAGGAGAUCGCGCGACGGGAGCUGGAGCGCAUGGAAAAGAAGAAGCGGAAACAGGAACGCAAGCUGCUCAAAUCUCAGAACAAGCUCUUGGCUGGCGAGCUCUUCCACACGCCCGGAUCUGACAGUGACAGUGGAGUAUCGCAGAGCACCGACGGCGAGUCCACUCCGCAGCCCGGGCCUCAUCCCAGCGCGCACCGGCAGCAAACAGAACAUACGUGUGACCAACAUCCACGCCACCAAAGAGCCGGUGCAGUCAACGAGGCAGCGGAGCGCAUGGACUCGAGCGGCAUCACACGCGCCUCCACGCUCCAGAAACUCAACCCAUUCAGCGUGGAGAGUUUACUAGCCGACUCAAGUCCCAGGAGAAAAACUAUCCUGGAUUUCUCUCAGUUACCGCCGCAGCGACCACUGGUCGGCAAAGGCCAUUUCCUUCUGUAUCCCAUUACCCAGCCGCUGGGUUUCAUUGUGCCCCAGACAGCGAUGAAACCGAGUCAGGACUCAGGAAACUCGGCUCACAGCUGUCCCACGACGGACACCUCAAACCAGAAAAGCAUGGGUCACUCGUGCAGGGACGCCCGUGCCACGAACGACGAGCUGCAAAGAGAAAGCGAGAACUCUUCCACGCAAACUUCAAACACAAGCUCGGAGAAAUGUUAUGCAGAAUCGAAUUCGCCGCGAAAGUUCGAAAACGACUCCGAGUCCACAAACUCUAGCCAGAAAGAAAGCACCUCUCCUAACCUGUCCGAAUACUCAGACGCGAAAACGCGCGGUUCUGCUGACACGAAUACAGACGGAGAGGACGUCGACAUGGACUGAAAUAUCAAUAGGCCAGAAGCGGCGGCGCCAAGUGACUCGUCACGAUUCCAAAGCUGAUAACCAUACGUUUUUUUUGUAUACACGUUCAUUUUUUUUAUACUUUUCGAAAACGGAUAUCCUUGAUUCAGGUGAACUGUCGGCUUAAAACGUCUGUUUCCGAUUCUCCGCGGAACUUGAGAGGAAACAGGCCGGCUCACGAGCAACGCGUCCUCAAACGUUGUAUAAAUUAUAAAGUAUCGAAAAUAUUUAUAUAUGUAACAUUUUGAUAAGUAAUAAUAAGAAUAAGAAUAAAAUAUUGUGAAAGAAAA